UUUACAGUUUAAUGAGCUUACAGAUCAGAUGUGUUAAAUUUUAAGACAAUUCAACUGUAGCAAAGAACCUAACUAGCUAGCCAUGGUAAAAGCUGAUGCUCAGAAUGCUCCUGUGGAAGCACAAGCUGGACCUCGAGCUAGUAGAAUUAGCUUGUUGCACUUCAAUGAUGUUUACAAUGUGGAGGAGCAAGCCUCGGAACCUUUGGCUGGUGCUGCGCGCUUCAAGACAGCCCUUCAUAGCUUCAGAGAGCAGGACCCUCUAAUCCUAUUCAGUGGAGAUAUCUUUGCUCCUUCUAUCAUGUCUUCAUUCACUCUGGGCGAGCAGAUGGUGCCAGUGCUGAACCAGUUGGGUGUGCAUGUCUCUGUCUAUGGAAACCAUGACUUUGACUUUGGACUGGAGCGCCUCAUUGAUCUGGCAUCAGACACAAAUUUCCCAUGGCUCAUGAGCAACGUCGUAGAUAAUGAGACUGGCCGGCCUCUGGCUGAUGGCUGCGUCACUCACACCAUCUGCUGGCAUGGCUGGACCAUUGGCUUUGUUGGCCUGGUGGAGAGGGAGUGGCUGGACACUCUGGCCACCAUCAACAGCGAGCAGGUUACCUUCACAGACUAUGUCGAGGCCGGCAAGAAAUUGGCUGCUGAGCUGCGACAACAGGGGUGUGACUACAUCAUAGCUUUAACUCACAUGCGCACACCUAAUGAUGUUCGGCUUGCCGAAAACGUGGACGACAUCGACCUCAUUCUGGGGGGUCAUGAUCAUGUCUAUGAGCUGCAACAGGUAAAUGGCAAGUGGAUAGUGAAGAGCGGCACAGACUUCAGGGAGUUUUCUCACCUCGUGCUGGAGCUCACAGACGGCGGCGGUGUUGAGGUCACCAUCGAGAAAGUGGAGGUCACAGGACGCUUUGCUCCUGACCCUGACCUUAAGGAAGCUCUCUCUAAAUAUGAAAGCGUCGUGAGCGGCAAGAUGGACGAGGUACUAGGAAGUUUCUCGGUAGAUUUGGACGGGAAAUUUUCCAGCAUCCGCACUUGCGAGACGAACCUCGGGAACUUCAUCUGCGACGUGAUGCUGGCCGCCUGCAACGCGGACGUCGCGGUGCUCAACUCAGGCACCUUGCGCUCCGACCGCCUGCAUCCUGCUGGACAGUUCUGCAUGCGCGACCUUAUGACCGUGCUGCCCAUGCUGGACUCCCUGUGUGUGCUGCAGGUCACUGGCGCUGUGUUGCUACAGAUCCUCGAGAACGGCGUGUCUCAGUAUCCUAAGCUGGAGGGGCGCUUCCCUCAGGUCGCCGGCAUACAGUUCGCCUUCGACCCCAACGCACCGCCGGGUUCGCGCGUGGUGCGCGACAUGGUGAAAGUUGGCGACGAGUAUCUGCAGUUGGAUCAGACCUACAGGCUGUGCACGAAGGCCUACAUGCGGCAGGGCAGGGACGGCUACAGCAUGCUGGUCGACUGUCCCGUGCUGCAAGAUGAUGAACAAUGCCCAAUGCUGUCCACUGCCGUCCAGAAUCACUUCAUGGCCAUCAAAACUCGUCAGGGCAAAACUCGUAGAAAUUCCACGCAUCGGCAAUCUUUGGUGCUCAUCUCCAGACGACAUAGCCUCAUUCGCGACGACGAUCCACGCCCCACCCACCGCUCCGCCAUGACCCGUUCGCAAUCCACCGACUCCAACGCCUCAUCCAUCUCUACCAUCUCCAGCGGGCGUCGGAAGUUGUCGCGGCAGGACAGCGUACACGAUCUGGAGGACAUCGCGUGCAAGCUCGCGCCCACUGUCGAGGGCAGGAUCAUUGUUGCUUCUGCCGAGUGCCGUUCGCUGAACCCUCCCAAGGUUGCCUACCAGCGCCUGCUGGACAAGCUCACGGAGGAGCAGGACGGCGACGACGAAGAUGCCGUGGAUGACUCCGCAGCAGCGCAGGCCGUGUAGCGCAGCGGUCGUGAGGUGGUGAAGCUUCGUCAGCAACGCGUUGCUCGAGGCGUCAGCGUCAUAGAAGAGGCUGACG